AUGUAUUUGCUCAAGUACACAAACAUUCUGCUCCAAGUCAUUCUUGUUGUUGGGCCUUGGUUGCACAACUCGCAGGCACGACCCAAUGAGCAAUGUCCGGAGUCCCUCAAUGACAAUCAAACGAUUGAGAACUUUUGCCCCAUUUAUCCAGACCUACCUGAGUUCAAUCUGCACACCUUGCAGCACAAUAUCACGUCUGAACAGCAGUCCACGUGUGUCUGGUCAGCCAGCCCUGAGGAAAAACAGCAGUUUUGCGUUUUUGCCGACUCUCGAUUCAACAACGGUAAGGGUAUAACCAUAGUCACGACUCCAGAGCGAGCUCAGAACAUAUUUCGCCUAAUGGCAUCUACCUCACGUCAAUCUACCAGAGUCGAAACUUUGUUCCGGACCGAAAUUGGCGGACGAAAGGGUCGAGGUAUCUUUGCCAAUAAGCAGAUAGCUGCACGCAGUAUUAUUUCUCGAGAAUCACCAAUUAUCAUCUUGGACCAUAACUGGUUCCAAGAUAUUCCGCCACCGGGAAAAAACGUUCACUCGGCGAUGCUAGCGUUAGCUAUCGAACAACUGCCAAGCGUCACACGUCUAGUAGUAGACGAGCUUUAUGCCGGACUAGGUACGCAAAGUCAAGGCCAAAAAAUGUGGACAAACGGAUAUGGAGUUGUAGGGAUGCCUCCGAGCUGGCUGGGGAAAGAAGAUGAACCUGAUGCUGGCAUGAUCACCGUACAUACAAAUAUUUCGAAAAUUAACCACAGCUGUCGGCCUAACGCUGUGGCCCAGUGGGACUGGGAAUCGUUGACGCACAACCUGUACGCGGUCCGCGAUAUUGCCACAGACGAGGAGAUUACUAUCUCCUAUAUUCCUGGAUUGAAAACCUCCCAGGAGCGUUAUGAAUAUGCCAACCAGUAUCUCGGCUUUAACUGUACUUGCAGCUUAUGUAUGGCUCCCGGCGAGUUCGUCGACUUGUCUGACAGCCGAGUAAACGAGAUUUUAUUACUCGAACAAGCGUUAGUAGAUUACAGGCAUAUUGCGCCGGCCGAAUCAGUAGCUAUGGCUGAACUACUUGUGGGCUUAUACGAACAGGAGGGCUUAGCCGCUCUUAUUGGCAAAGCGUAUGCAAUAGCAGCGCUGGAAUGGAAUGGUGUUGGCUCCGAGUAUCAAGCGCGCUUAUGGGCAUACCGGAGUGUUCAAGCGGGUCUUACUUCUAGCAUUGAGUCUGGGGUGCAGGAUUAUCUACCCGAUAUGGAGAACUUGCUAGACGGGGCUAGGAAACAUUGGUCUUGGAGAUAUCGUGCGUAG